AAUAAUGUAACUAUCAUCCAUUUUCAUUGUUUGUUUGCUUGUAUUAAAAGAAGCUUCGGUUCGUCCUUGACAAUGUCACCAUAACUCCUUUUAGCCUAAGAAUCCAAUUCAAAUUCCAACUUGUUUCAGAUUUUGAUACGUUGGGAUAUCCAGCUGAGAAAUGAAUCAAAACGGCUUGAUUUAUAGUUUUGUUGCGAAAGGAACUGUUGUUUUAGCAGAGCACACAUCGUAUUCUGGGAACUUUAGUACCGUUGCUGUUCAAUGUUUGCAGAAGCUGCCUUCAAAUAGCAGCAAGUUCACAUAUUCAUGUGAUGGUCACACAUUUAACUUCCUCGUUGACAAUGGAUUUGUGUUUCUAGUUGUUGCAGAUGAAGCAGUUGGCAGGAGUGUGCCUUUUGUUUUUCUGGAGCGGGUGCUAGAUGAUUUUAAACAGCGAUAUGGUGCAAGUAUAAGAAAUGAGGUUCCCCAUCCUUUAGCUGAUGAUGAAGAUGACGACGACUUAUUUGAGGACCGAUUUAGCAUUGCAUAUAAUCUUGACAGAGAAUUUGGUCCAAGGCUUAAGGAACACAUGCAAUAUUGUAUGAACCAUCCAGAAGAAAUUAGUAAGCUCUCAAAAUUAAAAGCUCAAAUAACUGAGGUGAAGGGGAUUAUGAUGGAUAACAUUGAAAAGGUAUCAGGUUUUGGAUCGUGGGAGAAGAUCGAACUUCUAGUGGACAAAUCAGAAAACUUGCAAUUCCAGGCUGAUAGCUUCCAGAGGCAAGGGCGGCAACUGCGACGGAGGAUGUGGUGGCAGAAUAUGCAAAUGAAACUGAUGGUAGGAGGAGCUGUUUUUGUGUUGAUCAUCCUUUUGUGGCUUUUUGUAUGUGGAGGCUUCAAAUGUUGACUCUUUAUGACAUGUGUAUGUGAGU